AUGUGGACAACAGAAAUUGGUCUUUGGAAUGGUGGGCGCCGAAAGACAAAUGUAGCAUUUACAAUGCUUGUGGGAAAUUCGGCAGCUGUAAUGUUAACAAUUGGGUGGGGAGUACAUAAAGAUUUUUUGGAUGGGUGCACCAGAAAUUCGACAUCAUCCGACAUCAGCGACAUGUUCUUGAGCUUAAAGAUGAUGAAAGUGAACAACCCAGACUCUAAUAUCUUCGAUGCAAACAAUGAAACAGAAUGCAGAAAGCAGUGCCUUAACUCCAGCCUGUGCCAAGCUUAUUCAUUUCAGCCAUUGACCGACAUCUGCUGGAUUUGCACUGAGAAUCUAAGUAAUCCUCAAGAGGAGUACAUAAACGGUAGUCGUAACCUCUCUGUCUGCGUGGCAAAACCUGUUAUAGAAUCAACUGUUAGGAAUUGUGAGCCUUGGGGCAAAAACUUGAUCCCCUAUCCACUGAGCACUGGACCAAAUUGCGGCGACCACAUGUACUUCAGUUUUGAUUGCAACAGUUCCACAAGCCAGGUUAGCUUCAAGGCUCCCAGUGGCACCUAUCGAGUAGCCAAUAUCGAUCCAAGUAAACGAACAUUUGUCAUCCAAGUCAAACAUGUAGGAUAUGAUAGAAAUUCAAGAGGAACUCAGCUUCUCAAUGAUUCGUUGCCAUUUAUUGAGGGCACGUGGCUUUUCAUUGAUUCUGGCAAAUUUAGUUCUGGCGUUGAAGCUGAAGUAAAGAUUAGUUGGGAGACCCCGCACAAGCUAAGCUGUAAUUAUUGCAGAGAAUGCAUGGAAUGGACAAAUUCAACUUGCAAUGUAACAAGAGACGGAAAGAGGUGUCUUUGCACUGGAAAAUUCCUAUGGGAUGGCCAAAAUUUAAACUGCACUAAAGAGCUUGUAGAAGGUGAUUAUCCUCAGCCUUCAGAAGAGCAAUCAAAAGGAAAGAUGCCUUUGACUCUGAUUGUUAUGAUACCUCUAAUAGUAGUGUUUCUCCUCGCAAGUGCAAUUCUUUGUAUAUAUAUGUGGAGACGAAAGAUGGCCAAGAGACAAGAAAACAGAAGAAGUGAUGAAAGAAAUCGAGUACUUCGCACAUUAGAUAGUGAAAAACAUGUCAAAGACUUGAUGGGUUCGGGUGAGUUCACAGAAGAAGAUGAGAAAGGCAUAGAUGUACCCAUGUUUGAUUUGGAAAGCAUUCUAGCAUCUACAGAUAACUUCUAAUAUGCAAACAAGCUUGGAGAGGGGGGCUAUGGGCUUGUUUACAAGUGGCUAUAUGUCUCCGGAGUAUGCAUUAAAUGGACUUUUGUCAGUUAAAACCGAUG